GGUCUGCCGCUCUAUGGCUUUCGCUGAGUGCUAGAGCGACACUGCGGGCGCCCGCUGCUACCCGCCCCCUUCUGCGUUACGUCCCGCCGUGAGGGCAACCAAUAGCGUGAGGGCUCACAGCGAGCGCGUCAGCAGGGGCUCUCGUCCUCUCGCUGCCGCGGUGCAUUGUGGGAUAGCGGAGGCCUUGCUUCUCGGCAGGAAGGAGAGGCGCGGGGGGGGCCGGCGCGCUAACGCUGCUAACGCUGUCAUGGCGACUAAUAUCGAGCAGAUCUUUCGCUCUUUCGUGGUUAACAAAUUCCGGGAGAUCCAGGAAGAGCAGCAGCAGCAGCACGGCGGUGGAAAGGUAGAAGGCCAGCCCAAUGGUGACACAAUCCCAGCUGAGCAAGCCAACCCUUCAGAUGACACUGUUGCUGGUGCUGGGAGUCGUCAGAAUGAUCAGAUAGUGCAGAAAAUAGAGGAAGUGCUCUCUGGAGCCCUUGAUACAGAACUGCAGAGCAAAUCAGAUGUAGACAAAACUACUGUGAGCAAUAGUACUCAAUCUACUAAAAGAAGCGCUACUGCUGAAGGUGAAGAUGAAAUUCCUAGAAAGAAAUCAAAGAAAAAUAAAAAGCACAAAAGCAAAAAGAAGAAGAAAAAGAAGAAGAAAAGGAAGAAAGAGAAAAAACAUAAAAAGCAGCCAAAGGAGUCAAAGUUGAGUGCACGUCGUGGACAGCAUGUGGACUCACAGCCUGCUUCUCUCUUGAUUCCAGAGAAAUCAAGCUCCACACUGAGCGUGCAGCAUGGGGGAUUUGGAGAUGCUAAUCUGGCUGUCCAGAUACAGCCAGAAGGACUGUCCUUACAGGCAAAUGUGGAGCUUGAUAGACAAACUUUAGGAUUUGCUUCUCAAGUGAGAACUGAUUCUCAGCCAUGUAUGGAAACUCUUGAAAGUGAGAAGGGGACUUUAUGUGCAACAGAUCCUCAGUUUAAUUUAGAAGGCAGCCAAUUUAUUAUUCAACAAAAUGCUAGUAUGACUCAAACUGAAAUUUGCACUAGAGAAGAACAAAUAAAACAGUCUCAUGAAAAUAUUUAUCCUGUAGCUGUCAAUGUGAGCGAAAAGGGUGAUUUUUUUGUUACUGGAAGUGUUGCUUCAACUAGCAUCCCAUCUGGAGUUGCCAAUAAAUCUGAGCUUCAGAAAUUAGCUUUACCUUCAGAGGUAAAAACCUUGGAUACAAGUUUAGCAUCUAACACCAUGGAGGUAUUGACAUAUUCAGAAGCAUCUUUGAAGUCUAUGGCACUGGGAGGCGCUAACGAAUUAGAAACAACUUCAGAAUCAAUGUGUUUGACAAGUGAUGUGACAACAAUUCCUAAACCUGCAGAUCUGAAUACUGUGAAGGGAACUGACAUGUCUCUGGCCAUGGGAGAAGUAAGAAUUCCAGGAGCAACUGAAUUACCAGUUGUGUCUGAUAACUUGAGAGUGACACAGUGCAGCUCCAUGGAGAGUUCAAACAUCUUGAAGGCAGCCUCGGAAUCUGUAGUUAUGAUGGGAGAUGUGAAAAAUAAAGUGGACCCAGAUGCAGCUUUACAACAUUCUUUUAAAGUUCCUGCAGAGACUGCUGUAAGUCAGGUGCGAAUCGAAAGUGCCAAAACACCCCUGGCACCAGGAACUGUUGAGGUGAAGGAUAUUGAACCAGUUAGAGUCUCUCAGCACAUGGGAAAUGUGAGACCUUUGGAAGAAGUUCUGCAACCUGUGAUAAAGCCAAAAACUUCAGAAGCAGUCAUGGUUGUGAGAGGAACUUCUGAUUCUGCAACAGCGUUGAAUGCUUCAGAAGCGUUACUGCAAUGUACAUUCUCAAAGGAAAUGCAAAGCUUAACAGAUGUGAAUGUUGUUGCAGAGGCAAAAGGUUUACAAAGAACAUCAGAACCUGUUGUCCAGACCCUUGUUCCCCAGACAGUUCCGGUUGCUCUGCAAUUGGAAAAUAGUAAUGUUUUGAGAGGUUUGGAGGCAACUCCCCAGUCUUCUCAGAAAGAAGACAUGAAAAGAGCGACUUCACUGUCUUUGCAAAUGGAAAGCAUGAAAGCUUCAGAAGAACCUUCUAGUGGCAGUAUGGAAGCAGAGAGAGAAACAGCACACGUGGUAACAGUUGCAGUACCUUUUUCUGCAAGCAAAACAGAGAGUUGUAUAGUCUCUCAGCCUGAGAUCGUGACAGGUAUGAGAGGGUUGGAGGCAACCUCACAAACUGUGUUUGUAGGGGAAAAAAAGGAUUUUGAAGUAGCUAGAAGUUCCACCAUUGCAGAAGUGAGAGGUUUAGACAACUUGGCAGAAGUUAAGGCAGUUGCAGAGGCAAGAGGUGCAGAAACAGGUUCAAAAACUUCAUGCUUAACAGAGAUGAAAAAUUUGGAAAUGGCUGUGGGGUCUGAAACAAGAACACAAACGCAAGACUGGGGAACAACACUGAUACCUGAGGUGGAAGAUCUGAACAAAGCAAAAGUAAGGAGCAGAGAAACAGUACUAGAACCUGUGCAAACAGUGACAGUGAAAACUUUAGAUACAAAUUCAAAACCUAUAUGCUUGGAGGAGUUGGGAACAACUAUAGAGUAUGGGACUGGAAGUAAACCAAACAAAAUUGAAGCAGAAUCUAGGGCUGUCAGAGUAGUAGAGCAUUCUAAAACUACUUCAAGUCCUUUGCAGGAACAAGUAGUAGGCAAUUCAGAAGCAGCAUUAGAGUCUUUCCAAAGAGUGGAAGAAACAGUGAUGGAAGUGAGAAACUUGAAAGAAACUUUGCAGUCUGAGAUUUUGACAGAUGUGGUAACUCAGGAAUCUGGUAUAGUUACAACAAGGAAGGCAGACAGAGAAAAAACUGAGUCUUCACCUGUGAUUGAUGUAAAAGAUUUGGAAAAAGCUUCAGGAAUUGAGAAAGGAAUGAAAGCAAAGUAUUUGGAGCCAGCAUCAGAAGCUGGAGAAGUGAGGUUGGAAAGCAUGCAAGAAUCUGCAGCAGCAGAAGCGAAAAGUUCUGAAACAGUCAAAGAACCUGAAGUAUACAUGGGAAUCCAGGGUUUGGAAACUUCCCAGGAAUAUGGAAAAGUGGCAGAGAUUAAUGUUUUAGAAGAUGCUUCAGAAGAAUUCACUAUGACAAAACAACAUAUAGAAUCUGUUCCACAAUAUUUGCGCACUGGAACACAAGAACAUGCACAAACAGUUUUAGAAGCCAAACCUACUGCAGAAUGGAAAAGUACAGAAGAAGCUGCAGAAGUCUGGAGAGCUGCUGAAAUGAAAUCUUCUGAAGUAGUUCCAAGACCAGAGGAUAUACAAGGUCUGGGGACAAUGCUGGAACAUGAAGUUGCUGCAAAAGUACAAUAUUCAGAAGGGCAGCAGUGUCAACAAAUGGAGGAUGUAAGCAUUUCCAAUCUGGCUCUGGAAUGUGAGAUGGUUGCUGAAAAGAAUGAUUCAGAGCAAGCACUACCAUUGGAGCCUUUCAUAGCACUAAGUGAUAGGGAGAUUGCAACAAAAUCUGGAGUACCUGCAGAAACAAUUUUUAGUUCUUCACAUGCUGCAAAUGUGAAAGAUUCAGCAGGGACCCCUGAGUCUGAAAUGGUCAGGGAUGCAAAACACUUAGAAGGUCCUCCAAGUUGCGUAGCAGAAACAGAAGGUUUGGAAACAACUCGUAUUUCUGAGACUGUUGUAGAGGUGAAAGUUGCGGAAGCAGUUGAGGAAGCAGAAGCAGACACAAAAGAUUUGGAAGCUGCUCCAGUACCUGAGAUUGUUACAGAAGUAGUUCCGGUACUUGCGGAAGAGGCAAGCCAGUUGGAAGCAAUUCCACAAGCAGAGGCUGACAAAGAAGUGGCUGCAGAAGAGGCAUCUGAGACAAGAGAUUCAGAAACAUCAGAUGUGCAACCUGAUGUGGCAGCACGAAUGAGGGAGACUUUAAUGAGACUUGAGAAAGUUAUUGAGAAGAGCAGCCAUAGAAGCAGUGAAAAAAGUAAACAUGAUGCAAAGAAACAAAAAAGGAGUCGGUCUAAGUCCCAGUCCAGGUCUAGGAAGCGGAAAAAAAAGUCAAGGUCACGUUCUACUUCCAGGCGUUUGACCUCUAAGAGAGCACGAUCUAGGAGCAGAAACUAUUCAGAUUCCAGAAAAAAGCAUUCCAAAUCUAGAUCCCGGUCUGUGGAGAAAAGAGAGAGGAGAGUGUCUUCCCGAAGGUCCAGACGCAGACGUUCCAGGUCAUCUGACCCCUACCGGUCUAAGUCCAGGUCAGUGGAAAAGACCAGAAGGUCUGGACGUGGACGUUCCAGGUCAUCUGACCGUUACAGGUCUAAAUCCAGAUCUGUGGAAAAGAGAGAAAGCAGGUUGUCUUCCCGAAGGUCCAGGCGCAGACGUUCCAGGUCUUCUGAUCGCUACAGAUCUAAGUCCAGAUCAGCAGAAAAGAGAGGGAGCAGACUGUCCUCCCGAAGGUCCAGGCGUGGACGUUCCAGGUCUUCUGAUCGCUACAGGUCUAAGUCCAGGUCAGUGGAAAAGGCCCGAAGGUCUGGGCGUAGGCGUUCCAGGUCAUCUGAUCGCUACAGGUCUAAGUCCAGGUCAGUGGAAAAGACCCGAAGGUCUGGACGCAGACGUUCCAGAUCAUCUGAUCGCUACCGAUCCAAGUCCAGGUCAGUGGAAAAGACCCGAAGGUCUGGACGCAGACGUUCCAGAUCAUCUGAUCGCUACCGAUCCAAGUCCAGGUCAGUGGAAAAGACCCGAAGGUCUGGACGCAGACGUUCCAGGUCUUCUGACCGUUACAGGUCUAAAUCGCCAUCAUUGGAAAAGAGAGGGAGCAGAUUGUCCUCUUGGAGAUCCCGGCGCAGACGUUCCAGGUCGUCUGACCAUUCUAAGUCUAGAUCCAGGUCUUCAGAAAAGAGAGGGGGCAAAGAAUAUUCAUGGAGGUUCAGACAUAGAGGGUCUGGUUCCUCUGAUCGUUCAAAAUCUAGGUCUAGGUCUGUAGAGAAAAGGGGUCGGAAGGCAUCUCUGCGGAGAUCUAAACGUCGGCGCUCCAAGUCCUCUGACCAUUACAAGUCUAGGUCCAGAUCAGUAGAAAAAAGAGAUAGAAAGCAAUCAUCACGGAAAUCAAAACGUCAGCGCUCAAAGUCGUCUGACCGUUAUAAAUCUAGAUCCAAGUCAGUGGAAAAAAAGAAGGAGUCUUCACGGAAGUCUAAGCGUCGUCGCUCAAAGUCCUCUGAACGUUACAAGUCUAGGUCUAGGUCUGUAGAAAAAAAACGCAAAGACUCUUCAAAGAAAUCCAAACGGAAGCGUUCAAAAUCCUCUGACAGUCUUAAAUCAAGGUCAAAAUCUGUAGAAAAAAGAGCAAGUAAGUUAGCCUCAGCAAAGUGCAGUAGAAAACAUGCAGACUCUUCUGAACAAGAAAAAGUAGAUGGUUCUGAACCUGUCACAAGUGAAAUCAGCUCCUCCAAAUCCUCUAAUGGUCCCAUGUCAGUAGCUUUGUCUCUUGAAGGAAUAAAUGGCCCAGAACUGCCACCAACAUCUGGAAGUGGAUUUUCCAAAACUGUUGAGAGUCUUGAGACAAGCUUAUCUGUUGAAAAAAUGGAUGGUCCACAGCCUUCAGUGAUACCUGAACUUGAUAGCUCCAAAAUCUCAAGUGAUCAAGAACAGUGUUCCAUACCUGUGGAAAAAACACAGGUUUCUGUGACCUCUGAAAAUGGGUCAGCCACUCCUUAUGACUCUGACUUAGGAUCUGUGCCAGCAGAAAAAACUGUACCUCUGGAAUCUUCAUCACUUACUGAACUUAUGUUCUCAGCAUCCAGUUCAGUGUCCUCAUCGGUUGAAAAGAGAGAUGCAGAGACAACUUCGGUAACAGAAUUUCAUCUCUCCACAUCCCAUCAAGAUGAGUCAGGAUCUAAAUCUUUCAAAGAAACAGAGGGUGCAGAGCCUCUUUCGACAAAUGAGAGUGGAUGCUCUGUAUCUGCUGAUGAUUACAAGUCAACUUCCACAUCCUCUGGAAACAUGGAGAUUCAAGGAUUUUCGCUAAUGUCUGGAAGUGUACUUUCUGAUGGUUGUGAAUUGAGGCACAUCCCUGCUGAAAAUGCAGAGCACCAGAAGUUUUUGCAAGUGCCUCAAAGUGGAUCUUUUGAGUUGGCUGACAGCACUGAGUCAAGGUCAGUGUCUUCUGAAACAGCAGAAGUUCAAAAACCUUUUUUAGCUCCAGAAGUAACAAGUUCUGAGUUCCUUGAUGUCCAUAAGUCAGUCUCCUUACCAAUUGCACAGGGCCAGGUGGAGGUGCCGUCUGUGGCUUCUGAUAGUGUAUGCUUCAGGACUCCUGACAGACACGAAUUGGGAUCCAGCUUUGAUAUACAAACAGGGGAGGUCCCAUUGAUAUCUGAAGGUACACCCUUACAGUCACCUGUUGGAAAAGUAAAGGCUCCCAGUGCUUCCCUGACAUCUGAGUGUGGUCCUGUUGAGAUCACAGUUGACCACAUUUCAACUUCAUCUUCUGCAAGAAUACAGGAAGUUUUUCUAACUACUGUAGGACAAAGCUGCAAGUCUUCUGAGGCUCAUGAGUCUAGUUCAUCUAUUGAGAAAGAUUUAGAUGGUUCAGCGUCUUCACAAGUACUUGGAAUUGGGUGCUUUGAGAAUUCUGAAAUGCAUGAAUCAAGACAUCUGCCUGCUGAAAAAAUAGAGGUUACAGAAUCAGCUUUGUCUACAAGUGGAAUUCCUUUGUGCCAUCGUGGCUAUGCGUCAAAAUACAGUUACUUUGAGAAAACAAAAGGUGUAGAUACUGUGGAAUUGGUAAGCACAUCUGCUGAAAAAUUUGAGGCCACGGUGCCUUGUCUGACUUCUGAAGGUGAGCUUUUCAUAUUGCCUGAUAGUCAUGAAUUGAGAGCUACUCAAACGGAAAAUGUAGAAGUGCAGAAGUCAUUCUUGUCCUCUGAACAGAAAUGCAUUACAUCCCCUCAUGAACAUCAGUUGAGAUCCCCCUCUGGCAGAGAAAUACAGGUGCAGGAAGAGCAGCCUCUGAUAGAAAGGAGACAUUCUGUUUCUUCUGAUGAUCAUGAGUUGACACUCACUACUUUCAAGAAAGUCGAUGUAGGAGAUCUUUCACAGAUGCCUGGAAAUGAAUACGCAGUGGACUUUUCUGGUCCAGAGUUGACAUCAACCUCUGUUGAAAAAGCAGAGGUACAAGAACUUCAUCUGAUUCCCGAAGAAAGAUGUUCAGUGUCUCCUGAGAACCAGGAGUUGCUGUCACCUGCAUUGGAAAAGACUGAAGUGCAAGAGCCUGCUUUAACAUCUGAAAACGAUUAUGCUGUAUCCUGGAAGUGCCAGGAGUUGAGAACUAGCUCUCCUGAGAAGGCAGAGAUGCAGGAACCUUCUGUAGUACCUGAGAGUGAAUGUGCUGUGUAUUCUGGAGACCAGGAAUCACAAACUGUGCCUGCUGAAAAAGCAGAGAUACAAAUGCAUUCUUUGAUGUCUGAAAAUGAAUAUGCUGCAUCUCCUGAGAGCCCAGAUAUCACAGCCAUUUCUGCUGAAACUGCACAGGAGCCUUCUGCAAUAUCAGGUAACGAAUAUGUUGUAGUCCCCAGAGUGCAGGAGUUGUCAUCUCCUCUUGCUGAAAAAUCGGAAGCGCAGGAGUGUUCUAUGCUCUCUGAAAAUGAGUAUGACAUAUCUCCUGAAGGCCGUGAUUUGAGAUCCAGUCCUGUUGAAAAAGAGGAAAUGAGGGAACCUUCUGAAACAUCUGAGAGUGAAAGUUCAAUGUCCACUGAUGACCAGGAGCUGCAGUCUACUGCUGUUGGAAAAACAGAGGUGCAGGAGUUGUCUCUGAUGUCUGAAGGUGAAUGUGCCAUGUCCCCUGAAGUUCAGGAGCUGCAGACUAGCCCUGCUGAAAAAGUUGAGAGUGAGGAACCUUCUCUGACAUACGAGAAUGAGCAUGCUGCGUCUCUUGAAGAGUAUGAAUCAAGAUCAACUCAUGGCGAUAAAACAGAAGAUAUGGAUUCUUCUUUGACAUCUGAACGUGACCAUUACUUGUCUUUCAAGAGCCAGGAGGUAAGAUUCACCACUAUUCAAAAAGUAGAUGUUCAGGAGCUUUCUCCAACAUCUGAAAGUGAACAUACAGCAUCCCCUGAUAGUCAGGAGUUGAGAUUCCUCGCUUCUGGACAAGUAGGUGAUUCUGAACCUUUAACAUUAAAUGUUAGAGGCUCCAUGUCCCCAGACGUAAGUGACUUGAAAUCCACCCCUGUUGAAAAAAUGGAUGAUGCAAUACCUUUAAUGCCUGAAAGUGGAUGCUCCACAUCCCCUGGUGGCAACAGUGUGAAAUCUGUUCCUGGUGAAGAAACUGGUGAUCUAGAGCCUUCUUUGACAUCUGAAUGUAGACAUUCCACAUCCCCAUAUCAUGAGAGCCAUGAGAUGAAAUCUCCCAUGGAGGAAGAUGGUCUAGAGUCUUCUGUUACUUUUGAACAUAGACGAUCUGUUACCCCUGAGGGACAUGAUGAGAAAUCUGUUAUAGAUGAGGAAAUAGAGGAUCGGGAGCCUUCUUUGACAUCUGAACAUAGGCGUUCCACAUCCCCCGAUGAGCAUGAAUCAAGAUCUAGCAUUGGUGAGGAGGUGGAGUAUUCAGAACAACCUUUGACAAUGGAACAUAGAUCCUCCAUUUCUUCUGAUGAGCAUGAUUCAAGGUCUACUGCUGGGGAAGAAGUAGAGGAUGCAGAACCCUCCUUGACAGGGAAACGAAGAGAUUCUACGUCCUCUGAUGAGCAUGAGUCGAGGUCCACCACUGGUGAAGAAGCAGAGGACCGUGAGACCUCCUUGGCUGCUGAAUGUAGAGAUUCUGUGUCUUCUGAUGAGCAUGACUCAAGGUCUACUGCUGGUGAAGAAGUAGAGGAUUUGGAGCCUUUAGCAGCUGAACACAGACAUUCUGUGUCUCCUGAUGGACAUGAGUCAAGGUCAACCACUGGUGAAGAAGCAGAGGACCUAGAGCCCUCCUUGACAGCUGAACGUAGACACUCCACAUCUUCAGAUGAACGUGAAUCGAGGUCUACCACUGGUGAAGAUGUGGAGGAUGCAGAACCCUCCUUGACAGCUGAACGAAGAGACUCCACAUCCUCUGAUGAGCAAGAUUCAAGGUCUACCGCUGGCGAAGAAGCAGAGGAUAUGGAACUGUCUUUGACAACUGAACACAGACGUUCCACAUCCCCUGAUGGACGUGAAUCAAGAUCUACUACUGGUGAAGAAGGAGAAGAUGUGGAACCCUCCUUGACAGCUGAGCGAAGAGAUUCAACAUCAUCAGAUGACCAUGAGUCAAGGUCUACCACUGGUGAAGAAGCUGAGGAUAUGGAGCCCUCUUUGGCUGUUGAAGAUAAACAUGAAGGGUCACCUUCCAUACCUCUUGAGAAGUCAGAGGGACAAGACUCUUCUUUUAUGACUGAAAGCAGGCGAUCUGAAUCUUCUGAACGUGAGAAAUCUAGAUCUGAAUCUGCUGAAAAGAUGUCUGACAGAGAGUCUUCACAAAGGUCUAGAAGUAGACCAUCAAAAUCUCCUACUCGCCAAAUAAGUCGAUCCCCAUCUGUUGACAAAGCAGCAGAUGAAGAAUCUUCACGGAGGUCUAGACACAGACGCUCCAGGUCCACAUCUGUUGAAAAAGCAGCAGACAAAGAGUCUUCACGGAGGUCUAGACAUAGACGCUCAAGGUCCACGUCUGUUGACAAAACAGCAGACAAGGAGUCUUCACGGAGAUCUAGACGUAGACGUUCCAGGUCCACUGCUCGCCAAAGGAGUCAAUCAAAAUCUGUUGACAAAACAGCAGACAAAGAGUCUUCACGGAGAUCUAGAAGCAGGCGCUCCAGGUCUUCUCAGCGCAGAUCCCAGAGAUACGAUGCAGACUCUCGUUCGAGACGGAAUCGCUCCAGGUCAGUAACACGUAGAAGAGCAUCAAGAUCAAAAUCUAAUCGUCGUUCUCGAUCUAGCUCAUUGUCACGUUCAAGGCACAGAAGAAGAAGUAGGUCAAGGUCAGCAUCAAGAAGGCGGCGUUCUCUAUCAAGAGACAGGCGCAGAAGAUCUCAGAGAAAUAGAUCAAGAUCUGCUGAUAGAAGAAGGAGAAGAUCAGAUUCAAGAGAUCGUAGGAUAUCACUGAGAUUACGGAGCAGGAGUCGGACACCUCUUCGACAAAGGCGAUCAAGGUCAAGAGGAAGAAGGCGGAGCUCUAGUAGGUCACCAAUUCGACUGCGGCGAUCAAGGUCUUCAGGGAGAAGAAGAGGUUACAGCAGAUCACCUGAUCGUCGUAGGUCCAGAUCAUCGGAAAGAUUUUCAAGCAGGUCACCAAAACGCCUUACAGACUUGGACAAGGCCCAGCUGCUUGAAAUAGCCAAAGCUAAUGCAGCUGCCAUGUGUGCGAAGUCAGGCGUUCCUUUACCACCAAGCCUGAUGCCUAUGUUAUCUCAAAAGAAAGAUGACAAAGCCAGUCAGAAGUCAUCAAGAGAUACACUAAAGGAGCUCACUGAGAAAUGUAAGAAGAUUGCUCAAAGCACAGAUGAUGUGAUAGUGAAUAAACCUCACGUUUCUGAUGAAGAGGAGGAAGAACGUCCUUUCUAUAAUCACCCCUUUAAGCUCAAUGAACCCAAACCUAUUUUUUUCAAUUUAAGUACUCCCAGCAUAAAACCAGCACCACCACCACAACCAAAAAAUCAGGUCAGCCUGUCAAAGGAAUUUCCUGUUUCAUCUGGGUCUCAGCAUAGGAAAAAAGAAGCAGAUAGUGUCUAUGGAGAAUGGGUUCCAGUUGAAAAAGGCAAAGAAGAUAGCAAGGAUGAUGUUUUCCCCAAACCAUCCAUUGAGGGUGUGGACAUAACUGCAGCUAUGAAUGAUCGAGCUUUGGCUCAGAAAAGGCUUAAUGAAAACACGUUUGAUUUAGAGGCCAUGUGCAUGUUAAAUCGUGCACAGGAACAGAUUGAUGCCUGGGCUCAAUCAAACUCCAUACCUGGCCAGUUCACAGGAAGUACUGGAGCACAGAUUUUGUCCUCGGAUGAGCUAACCAACAGUGGUCCUCAAGCAUGGAUUAGAAAGGAUCAGUUCUUAAGAGCAGCCUCUAGUUAA